AUGUCGGUUCAAGAAGGAAGACCACCUUACCCCCCGUUUACGGCUGAAACAGCACAGAAAAAGGUCAAGGCAGCUCAAGAUGCAUGGAAUACAAGGAAUCCUGAUGGUGUAAAGAUGGCUUACACCCCGGACUCAAUCUGGCGCAACCGUGAUCAGUUCCUACAGGGCAGAGAUGCAAUCAAGGAUUUUCUGACCAAAAAAUGGGAGAAAGAAAACGGCUACCGACUACGUAAGGAGCUUUUCGCUUUUACGGACAACAAGAUCGCUGUGCAGUUUUGGUAUGAGUGGUAUGAUGAGGCGGGUCAAUGGUGGCGGACAUAUGGUCUUGAAGACUGGACGUUUGCAGAAAAUGGAUUGAUGAGAAAGCGGCAGAUGAGCGGCAACGACGUCAAGAUUUCUGAUGAUGAGCGGUGGUUUAAGGACGGCGUUGAUGUGAACGAGGUGGAUAUCUCCGAAAAGCAUUGGUAG